CAUCUUUCCCUUUCCCUUUCCCUAUCCACAUUUCCAUCAUUCUUGAAACCCGGGCCGGUCCGCCAUGGCCGACUCAGAGGAAGAAGCUCUAUGCCGAAACUACCCUUACGCCCUCUACUUCGUCCAGAGCCCCUCCACCGUCUCCCAUGCAAACAGCGCCGACCUCGGCCGCCCCACCACUCUCCCCGCCGCCAACAACCCCAACGCCGACUACUCUCCGCCGCGCUCCGAGCCGGCCGCCCGCCCGCCUCUCUCCCGCUACUCUUCCCGCGGCUCCAACAACACCUUUUCCCGCCACGAGAAGAAGGUCUCGUUCGACGACGAUUUCCACAGCCACGGCACCGGCGUCGCCGAGAACGCCCGCGAGAAUCCCGCCGGCGCCGGCGCCGGAGUUGAGCGGCGCUGCGGAGAGGAUGAGGAUGAUGAGGAGGAUUUUGAUGAGUAUUAUUAUGGGAGACGAGGGGGUUGGAAGAGAUUCUUGUCUAUGGGGUAUUCGGAUUCCGGGGCGUGGAUGUUCAUGCAGAUUGCUUGGAGGCUUGUGUUGAGUAUGGCGCUUGCUUUGGUCGUCUUCUACAUUGCUACCAAGCCGCCGCCGCCCAAAGUCUCCGUCAAGAUUGUUGGAAUUCGACAGUGGGGAUUAGAAGAGGGAGUGGAUGCCACGGGUGUGACUACUAAAAUGCUAAGCUGCAAUUGCUCAAUUGAUCUCAUCAUAGACAACAAGUCUAAGCUCUUUGGUCUCCACACUCAUCCCCCUCUCACCACAAUGUACUUUGGCAGACUCCCUUUUGCCACCUCUCAACUCGGCGAGGAGCUGUACGCGGGGAGUUCAGGUUCAACGUUGUUCAAGUUAACGGUGGGUACGAGGAAUAAACCGAUGUACGGCGCCGGGGGGGCGAUGCAGGACAUGCUGGAUUCCGGCAAGGGGUUGCCGGUGGUGGUGCGGGUGCGGUUCGUGUCGUGGUUUCGGGUGGUGUGGGGUUUGAUCAGACCAAAAUUCCACCACCAAGCAGACUGCCUUGUCGUACUCUCCAAAUCUUACAACAAGAAACGCCGGACUCAAGUCUUUAACAGCACCUGCGUCAUUCUUUGAUGAAUGUUAUAAUUUUUUUUUUGAAAUGACGAGAGAAAUCCGUUACCAUUACCUGAAGAUGCGUUCUAGUAAACUCUUCUUGUGAUCUUAGCGGACAGUGUUUAUUUUUUAUUAGUAUAUGUAUCUUUGUGUAUGGCACAAGUGAGCUUGCAAUUGAAGAAAGAAUUUAUUUUAUUG